AUGAAACAGUGGGUUCUUGAGCCGGAGACAGAGUAUAGGUUCGAGCUCGACCCCAAUACCUCCCUCGCAAUCAAGGUACGCAGCUCCACACCUUCUGAACCUACUCCUCAGCUGGCUCAUGGACAGGCCGAGGUCUUCGGUGCUGAACUUGCGGAAGGCAAAACAUAUCUUUUCGGGACCGAAUGCAGGGCCGCAGUUUUCACCUGGCAGGGUUGUACCUUGGAGAUAAGCCGCCCUUCCACCGAAUAUGUAUCUGAGGAAACCCCUAUGGCGGCAUAUGCGAAUGUGCACAUUGCGUUCGAGCAGAUGCGUGUCAGAGCACUCCGUGUCGUGCAUGGAUCACCCGCUUCAGAUGAUGAUGCCAAUGCUAAUGCAGAGCCACCAAGAGUCCUUGUUCUCGGUCCUGAGAACUCGGGAAAGACAACAGUAUGCAAAAUUCUGACAAAUUAUACUGUUCGAGCAGGGCAGAACUGGUCCCCUGUGUUGGUAAACGUCGAUCCGAGUGAGGGUGGUUGGGCAGUUCCUGGAGCAAUCUCGGCCGCUCCAAUUCGCAGCCCUAUAGCUACAGCAUCACCCGCCAAUCCUCUUGGCUCUGCUGCUACAUCAGCUCCUACUGCCCUCUCUUCGAAUGCGUUGAUACCGCUAAGCUAUUGGUAUGGGCAUUCAGAAACUAAACGGAACCCAGUUCUACUAGACCGACUUAUCCGAAAUCUGGGAGAAAAUAUCAGACAAAGGGAUGAUGAUGACCCGGAGGCUCGCGUGUCGGGUUUAAUUGUCGAUACUCCAUCGUCUUUUGCAUCGAGUUCUAGCAGCGCGCCAGACAACAGGCAUACGCUCAUAAAAGCAUGUGUCGAUGCUUUCAGAAUCAAUGUAAUUCUCGUGGUCGGACACGAAAAAUUGACCGUUGAAAUGCAACGGCUGUUUGGCAAUCGGUUUACAGUGGUCAAGAUACCGAAGUCAGGAGGAGUCGUCGAAUUGGACCAUGGUUAUCGGGAACGCGUGCACAAGUAUCAGUUGCACACUUACAUGUAUGGCCAAAAAAUAGACCCACCCCCUGGCAUAACCUCCGCAAUUGUUGGAGGCGAAGCGGUGGCAGACCUCGUCCUUUCGCCAUCCUCAUGUGUCAUCAAGUUUGGAGAUUUGACAAUCUAUCGCAUCGGUGCUGAGAACAUGGCUCCUUCUUCCGCAUUGCCUAUAGGUGCUGCACGCAUGUUGUCGGAGAUGCAGCCCGUGCUUGUUGAUCCUGCAUCCAGCAGCUCGGGCCUACUUAAUUCCAUCCUCGCCUUGCUUGCACCCUUCAACCCGGAUGAGUCCGAGCGCUAUGACGAAGAAAUUUUGGACCUGACUGUGGUUGGUUUCCUCGUUGUUACCAGCAUCGAUGCUCCCAACCGGAAAAUGACGAUACUCGCGCCUAACCAAGGAUCACUUGUCGGUAAGACAGCCCUUGUGGGCUCCUUUGAUUGGCAGGAAUAG